UCUUCUUCACUCACAGGAGGCUUCCAACAAUGUUUGACAUCACAUCAUAUCAUCUAUAUAUAUCUCUGCUACACAAACACUUUCACACCAUCCAUCUACUUCACAACACAAACAGUGAUACUCACAAAUUCUCUCUCUACUCGUGAUUUGCAUCUACUAUAUUCGAAAUCGAUAUUCAAGAAAGAAGAAAACAUGAGUUCAACUAGCAGAGCUUGGGUUGCAGCAGCGAGCGUAGGAGCUGUGGAGGCUUUGAAAGAUCAGGGGAUCUGUAGAUGGAACUACACCACCAGAUCAAUUCACAACCACGCCAAGACCAAUCUCAGAUCCUUCUCUCAGGCAAAUAAUCUUUCUUCAUCGUCUUCGGCCAAGGUUGCGAGCACGGCGAUGAGGAAAGAGAGGGCCAAGAAGCAGCAAUCCGAGGAGUCUUUGAGGACAGUCAUGUAUUUGAGCUGUUGGGGUCCCAACUGAUCAUUCAAAAAAAAAAAAAAUCAAAAUUUUGAUUCAUAUCUGAAUCUACCAAAACAGA